AUGGGUCGGCACGGGUCGCACGGGUCAGCGUGGGUCGGUGUGGGUCGGCGUGGGUCGGCGUGGGUCGGCGUGGGUCGGCGUGGGUCGGCGUGGGUCGGCAAGGGUCGGCAAGGGUGGGGGGGGGGUCGGCGAGGGGUGGCAAGGAUCGGCAAGAGGGUCGGCAACGGCCGGCAAGGUUUGGUAGGGGUGGGGGAGGGGGUUGGCAUGGUCGGCAACGGUCGGCAAUGUUUGACAAGGGUGGGGGAGGGGGUUGGCAAGGGUCCGGGGGAGGAUGUCGGCAAGCUUUUCCCCUUCUCCCCUAUUCCUCCGUCCACCCCGCCCUCUCUGGGUGCGCGCAGAGCAGAAAAUGAGACGCGAAUCGAAGGAGGGUGUGGAUGGGGAGGAGUUGGGAGCGGCGGCAGCAGCAGCAGUGGCGUCGCGUCGCCGACUGCUGCGGGCUGUCGGGACACGUUGGGGGACGACGCGGGCGAUAAAGCGGCGCAGGCGCGGUCGAAGCUGUAUCCAUCGGCGCUCAGCGAAGGCGGUGGCGACGUGCUAAUAGUGAAAGCAGGAAGGCCGCCCGCGGAUGCGCAUCGGGCCAGGGGCGGCAUGUUCCGCAAGAAGCAGCAGCGGGGGAAGGGCAGGCGGAGCGUGUUCGUGUACGAGCUGGUUCGCGCGCCGGCGGCGGUAGGCGGCGGGGAUCAGGGGGGGCACAAAUUGCCGCGCGCGAGAACAGCAGGCGCAGCAGAGAACGGCAGUGCUGGGUUUCAGGGGUUGGAAGGCGCGGAAGGAUUCACAGAAGGAUCGGCGGAGGGUGCAAGAGGAAAGGCGCGGGGCUGGCAACAGCGGUCGCUGGAUCGAAGCGACACGCAUAGUGACAUUGCUGACGUGGACGAAUGGCGGAAAGAGAUGGAAAAGUAUCUGGCGGAAAAGGAACCGCGGGCGAGCCAUGAUUCGACUGGCGCGCCACAAAGCAGCGAAGGGGAGGCGGGAGUCGACCGGUGGGACCUGGACGCGGAUAUCGAGGCGCACUGUAGCGAGGAUGGAAGCAGCGCCGUGCUGUCCGCCGACACGAGUGGCGGCGGCGAAGACGCGUGGGGCGUUGGGGACAGCAGCGGCAGCGAGGACCAGCGAGCGAGGCGGCAGGGGCGAGAUGAAGAAGUAACAGAGUUGGGAGUGGAUCGGGAGGAGUUGAGAGCAGUGAGGUGGGACGAGGAUUGGUUUGAAGAGGCGGAUGAUGGGGUGUUGCUGGUGGACGAGGGGCGGGUCGUGCUCGCGGCAGCAUCGGCUUCUGGGUCAGACAGUGGCGAGCGCAGCGGAAUCAGAGAACAGGGGAGUGCGCGGGGUUGUGAAGGAGCAUCCGCGCGCGUUGCUCGUCCCGCGGCUCCUACUGCUGCCGCGCCGAGCGCAUCUCCCCCCGCUGGCGCAGCAGUCCCUUCCGCUGCGCCGCCCCGCGCCGUCCGCCAAGCCAGCAGCAGGGCCGCUGUUGCGCGCGCUGCAGCUCAGGCGUUUGGCGAUAGAAGCAGCGGCGACAGUGACGGCAACCCCGGCAGUGGUAGCGACAGCAGCAGCAACAGCAGGGGCAGCAGGGAGGGCGAGCGACCCGCGCUGCUGCGAUGCGAGGGCGUGCUGGGGAGCAACCGCGUGCGCGCGUUCGACCCCAGCGAGUACGAGACAAUGGCAGCUGCAGCAGCAACGGAUGCUGCAGCCAAAGCUGUGCCUGAGGGCUGUGCGGGCGCACGUGCAGUGGCAGAGGGAGGGGCGAGGGAAGGCCGGGGCGAGGCUGAGGCCCUACCCCAUCCCCCGUCCUCUCGCGCAGCUGCAUGCUCUUCAUCCAGCCUUUCCCCAUCUCCCCGCCUGCCACCCUCCCCUGGCUUGAGAAGGCAGAAAUCCGCUGCUGCUGCGCUGGCCUCUGCUGCGCCUCGUGUGUCGCUUGCUGCGGUGGAAACGACUCAAAGGCAGACUUCGGUUUCAGCUUCGGCCAAGCCUAGGCCUCUAAGUCGUGCCAACUCCGCUGCCCCGGCCUUGCUGCACCCGCAGCCCAUCUUGCUGGCCGGUGGGAAGCGAUUCAGCACCCGCUGCCCUGCUGCUGCAGCAGCUGCUGCUGCCGCCGCUGCUACUGCUGCAAACGGCGGUGGUGCUAGUGCUGCUGCUGCAGCGGCUGCAAAUGGUGCUGGCGCUGUCUCUGCUCCCAAUAAUGGUGGUGUCGCUACUGCUGCUGUAUCUGGGAAAGCAAAAUCAGGGAGAUCAGUAGAGGGGGCAGGAAUAGCAGGAGGGAAGGGAGCAGUGGGGAUCAAAGCGAGUGCGGUGGUAUACCACCCAGCCUUCAGCAGCUACCGACACCAGGCUGACGUGGCAGCCCAGGAGGAGGAGGCGAGUCUGAGGGAGCUGGAGCAGCAGCUGGAGAGAGAGAGGAGGAGGGAGGAGGAGGAGGAGGAGGAGGAGGAGGAGGAGGAGGAGGAGGAGGAGGAGGAGGAGGAGGAGGAGGAGGAGGAGGAGGAGGAGGAGGAGGAGGAGGAAGACUUGUUGGCAGAGGCUGGUGAGAGGGGAGUGAGGGAGGUUCGAGUGAGGGAGGGCGAGUGGGAGGAGGGGGAGGCUUGGAUGGUAAAGAUGCCGGGAAGGGGGGAGUCAAGGAGGCUGGAGGAGCUUUGUGAGAAAGCAGUUGGAAUGGGUGCUGGUGGGGUGGGGAUGGGGGGAUUGGGCGGGAUGGAGAUGUACUUGGAGUUGGAAAGAGGGGUGGUGAGCAUUGGGCCUGGUGUGCAUGGCUGGAGAGAUCAUGCAGUCACAUCGCCAGCACCUGUACCUCCUCCCAUGCGACGAUCCCGCACGGACACGAGGCAGGAGAGGAGGGCACGGGAGCAGCGAGAGGAAAGGGAGCAGAUCGAGCACAUGGGUGCAUGUGUGAAACAAGAUGUGGAACUGGAAGCAGCGGCGCCACCCAUGCAGCGAUCACGGACUGACACGAGGCAGGAGAGGAGGGCACGGGAGCAGCAGGAGCAGAGGGAGCAGAGGGGGCAGAUGGGUGUAUGUGCAAAAAAAGAUGCUGAAACAGUGCCCGCACCACCUCCCAUGCGACGGUCUCGAACUGACACAAGGCAGGAGAGGGCGAUGAGGGCACGGCAGCAGGCAGUGGCACCAUCAGUGAGGGUUGGGGGCAGCGCGCGGAAGGGGAGCAGCGGAGGGGAAGCAGGCAGCGGGCGGGUGUUGCGGCGAGGCAAGACGCAGCCGAGCAGGUGCAUGGAACAACGGGAGGGGGUGCCCCGGCGUAGAGAGGGGGACCUGCUCAUCCACACCCAUGCACUAGGACACGACGCAGAGAUUCUGGUGCUGGACAACCGAUAA